AUGGCGGGGGCAUUGACUCCUGAGGUCUAUGCCAUCCUCCAGGAGCAGUCUCGUACAACUCUAGAGGCGAGUCUCGAGGCAUGGGUGCGACGAGAGGGCAGCGUCGAUAAGCACUUCCGUGCGACGCUUGCUGCCAACCUCUGGAUUCUGAGCGCCGCCGAAAGAGAGCGCGCUGGCUGGGUGGUGGAAGCUGUGCGGUGGCAGCACGCCAUGACGUUGUCUCUCAGUAAGGAAGAGUAG